ACAUUCCCCUUUAGCUGGUGCCCAGGCUGUCAGCAGAGAAGAAACAGGUAGCAUGGCUCCAGGAGAAAGGGAAAGGGAGGCGGGGCCGGCCAAGAGUGCCCUCCGGAAGGUCCGCACAGCAACCCUGGUUAUCAAUUUGGCCCGAGGUUGGCAGCAGUGGGCGAAUGAGAACAGUACCAAACAGGCCCAGGAGCCUGCAGGCUGGCUGCCGGGAGCAACUCAUGACCUACCUAACGCUCCUAAAGAAGCCGGUCCUUACCAGCAUGCCCCCAAAACUCUGUCUCCAAAGCCAGAUCGAGACGGAGAGGGACAACACUCAGAAGAAGCCACCGAGGUCUCCCACAUUAAAAGGAAAGAGGUGACCAGAACGGUUGUCAGCAAGGCUUAUGAGAGGGGAGGAGAUGUGAACUACCUGAGCCACAGGUAUGAGAAUGAUGGCGGCGUGUCUGAAGCUAUUCAGCCAGAGAAUGACAUUGACAGAAUCCUUCUUAGUCACGACUCGCCAACACGGAGAAGAAAAUGCACCAACCUGGUGUCUGAGCUGACCAAAGGCUGGAAAGUGAUGGAACAGGAAGAGCCCACGUGGAAGAGUGACAGCGUAGACACAGAGGACAGUGGCUACGGAGGGGAUAUGGAGGAGAGGCCUGAGCAAGAUGCAGCGCCUGUGGCUCCUGCCAGGAUCAAACGCCCCUUGCUCUCCCAGGCAAACAGGUACUCUGAGACACUCAACUGUAAGGCCCAUCGGAAAUACAGCCAAGUGGACAACUUGAAAGGGAGGUGGCAGCAGUGGGCCGAUGAACACGUCCAGUCCCAGAAGCUCAAUCCCUUCAGUGACGAAUUUGACUAUGAUCUAGCCAUGUCCACUCGGCUCCACAAGGGAGACGAGGGCUAUGGCCGCCCCAAAGAGGGAAGCAAGACAGCUGAAAGGGCCAAGCGAGCGGAAGAGCACAUCUAUCGGGAAAUUAUGGAACUGUGCUUUGUUAUCCGCACAAUGGCUCGCCACAGACGAGAUGGCAAGAUCCAGGUUACUUUCGGAGAACUCUUUGAUCGCUAUGUUCGAAUUUCUGAUAAAGUCGUGGGCAUCCUCAUGCGUGCCAGGAAACACGGACUGGUGCACUUUGAAGGAGAGAUGCUAUGGCAAGGCCGAGACGACCAUGUUGUGAUUACUCUCCUUGAGUAAGCCCGCAACAAAUCCACUCACCGCUGAUAAAUAGUAAUGUGUUACAAGCUCCAAGGCAAGCUGCUCUGCAAUGUUAUCAAUAUUAAAUGAUUUUAUAUAAAUGGCUUUUGGUACUGUUUCUAUGAGGUUACUAUGUGAAGAUUUUGACGAAGACACUCGACUUUUUGGAAGAAUGUAUUAAGACUAUCAAACAUAGUAUAUUGAUAUUUGGAAUUCCACUUACCUUUUUAAGCAAAAAUUUCUGGCCUUCAUUGAUAAAAUUAUUAUAAAUUGAAAAGUACACAUUACAGGUAAGAAAACUGACCUUAGAUAAAGUAGGACAACAUCGCAAUGUAAUAUUUUAGGGGAAAAAAUUCCAUUAAGCUGAAUAAAAUUGGAAGUUUGGCCUAAAAAAAUCCUCACCAGCUCAGAAUGGCCUCCAACUCUAUUUAACGAAGGAUGACUUCAAACCGUUAUGUCAGCUCAUCCUCUGUAGUGCUGGGACAGCAGGCUUACAUGCAAUCAUUUCCACUUUGUUAAAGUGGUAGGGCUCAUGCCUGCCCAGGAAGUACUCUAUUUCUGAGAAUAUUCUCCACUCUUUUG